GUUACGUAGGCGCCGGGCGCCGAGUGGAGUUUCGUAAGGUUUCGUGACGUUUGCGAAAAAAUAGAAACAUCAUAAACCACGUGGGUUCUCUUGCAUCGCCGGUGACGAUUUUGCGCGGAAUUUCUUGGCAGCCUGUUUCUAUUUAAAUACUUCAAUUCCGUCAGUUGAGCGCUCAUUAUAUAGUGCUAUAGUGUUGGGAUGAUACGUUAGGUACACGACUAAUUAUUGUUAAUAUUUGUACCGAAAUUACACGUCACCAUGUCGUUUCUCGAUAUCGUUUCGAAAUUCAACCAGCAGGCCGACAGCCAUUCGAAAUCGCAGUCUUUGAACCCGUUUUCGGAGCAAUUCGAACAGUCGCGAUCGCCGUCGCCUCGAUUUUCCCGGGAGGAAUACGGAAAGCCUAUAGCGGGCUCUAAGACAGAUCUGAGAGGACGCAAAGCAAAGACGCACAUUUGCCGUGAGAUCUUGGAACUGUGCACUGUCAUACACGAUGUGGGCACGUACAAUACGAAAAAGAGAGAUCCUGAUGACGAGGACGAACCGAUCGACGACGGUACAAUUAUCGUCAGUUUUGGUGAACUUUUCCAGAUUUACACGAAAAUAUCGGAUAAAGUGGUGGGUCUGCUGAUAGCGGCCAAACGCCGCGGUUUCGUGUAUUUCGAUCGGGAAAUACUUUUCCAAAGAAGAGAUGACGAUGUACUUAUCGCUCUGUUGAAACCCAUUUCCGAAAUUAGCAAAAUAUUAAAAGAGGACAUACGUCAGGCAAACUCGUCGGCACCUGUGGAGUCGACGCCUGUGGAAAAAAAAAAAUCGCCUUCAUCAAGUAAAACGAAACGAGCUAAACCCGAGUCUGAAAAAGAGCAAAACGAAACGUCAACUAAUCAUUUGACGAUCGAUGACCAACCAAAUGUCAUAUUAUCAUCAGAAGUUACAAAUGACAAUUCACUUGUCGUAGAAAUUGGAAUCAAUGAAACAAAUUGUGACGAACUAAUAGACGUCAAGGUGUUUGACUUCGAUAACGUCGGGCAGAACGAUGACGAUCAUAACGCAAACUGUAACGGAGAAGUCGACGAUAUAUUCGUUGGAGAAGAAUUAGUUAAUAAUGUUGUUGAAAUUUCAGAAAAUAUGGAGAACCAAUGUAAUCAAGUAGAAGAUGACAUAUCGGAGGGAGUGAACGGUUUAAUUAUUGAUGACGAAACUGAGACGAAAGAAAUCGAUGGUCCCUCCGAUGAUGUUGCUAUUGAAAAUAAAAUCGAAAUCUGCGAUUUGGCAGUGGACGACAAUAGCGGAGAAGUGGGGGCGGAAGUCGAAAACGUUCAAGGCGAAACGUACAUUGAGAUUAAUAAAACUCAUACGAACGACGGUCAAGUAGACGUGACAGAAGAAAGUAUAAACGACGUGGUCAACGGUACCGAAAAUAUCAUCAAUAGCGAAACAGACCAGCAUAUGUGUUUUUAAUGAAAACCACCAACAGAAUUCGGAAUAUCCGAAUGAGAAAUGUCUACUUGGUGCAUUUCUU